UGAAGUGACCAUCCAUCCCAAGGUAAAUACUGUGAUGUUUGGGGCUUCUCUGAAUUUGACCUGCACUGUUUUGUGUGGCAACUACACUGAGCUGAGAUGGGAAGUGGCUCUUCCAUCCGUGACCAAGAAGGGAGAUAGUAGAAUUGAUCUGUACAUUGCUAAUGUGACUGAAUGGACUCUUCCACUGACAUGCUUGGUUAAUUAUGGAGACUCUAAUCAAACCUACACCAGGAAAUUAAUUUAUGUUUACCAAUUCUCUACUCCAGCUAUAUAUCCAGUUUCUGAAGUUGUGAAUGAUCAUUUGGAAAAAAUUGUGUGUAACAUCUCUAGCUUGAAGGUGAGCGACUCCAUCCCACCUAACAUCAACAUUUCCCUGAGCAGAGGUGGUAAUAUCCUGAACAGUAGCAAUGGAAAACCAUCUGUGGAGUACAACUUUGUGGCUAAUUUAGAGCGGGAUGACGGGGCUGAGAUCCUCUGUAAGGCCAACCUCCUGGUGGGUUCACAAGAGCUGAGAAAAAAUGCAAGUCGAAUUUUGAAGGUUGUGGCUAGUCCUUAUAAUGUCAGCAUAUCAGCAACUCAUGUGACCUACAAAGUGGAUGCAAAAAUUGUGGUGACCUGUAAUGCUAAAGGAAAACCCCAUCCAGAAUUUUCCUGGGAUCUUCCCUCCAAAGCUGAUGUGGAGUUCUCAAACAGCAAUAAGACUGUAACAAUUCAUUCAGCUAAGGAGAUCCAUAAUGGGACUUACUGUUGCCUAGCACAUAAUGUUUACGGCAAGAAUUCAGCACAGAUUGACAUUGUCUUUGAAGGGAAGUCUCGCAACUGGGUUAUAGUCCCGGUGAUGACGGUGUUAGUGUUGGGUUUAAUUGUCAUUGGUGGUGUCUGGCACUUUUGCCGAAAAUGACCAUUUUAAGAGGACAGAUCGGGAUUCCUUUGUGAUGCAGAGGCAGAAUUUGCAGCAGAUCCCUUUUGUGACCAGCCACAGCAGAAGCCAGGAUGAGAAGGAAUCUUUGUUCCCAUUCACAAGUCUACACAGCAGCAGGGGCAGAAGUUGGAUGAUCUCCCCUACGGCUCCUGAUCUACAUUCAUCUGCUGAUGGAACCAGAAAAUGUACCUCUGAGCAGCUAAGAGCCUUUAUAGGAACCAAACCAAAGCAAGGAGUUGGAUAGAAGCAAAACCUCUAUCAGAUGUGAGGUUAUGAGAUUCAGCUACCUGAGAACUUUUCAUUUGGAAAUAAAAAAAUGGUUUCUAGUCCUUAGAGCUGGGGAUCAUAUAUAUAAGGGUGAUACCUGCUGAAAUCUCAGAAUGUGAGUAAAAUCCCCAAUUACUGCAGGUAAGAUUCUUUAUUCCUCCCCCAGGUUACCAAAAUUUGAAUAAUGUAAACAAAUUAACAUAAAUCACACAUUUUUCAACUCCCUAUUGGAUGUAGGUUGCUAUAUUCAAUAUAAUAUAGAAUUUUGAAUCACCUAAGUUUUAUAAACAGAUCUACCUUGUCCCUCUCCCCUUUUGCUUUGCUGCAGCUUAUACAGGCUGCUCUGUGUUCAGCAAAGGUUACAGAACUUCAUGUAUUUCAUUAAAAUAAAUUUAGCCUUUGGCUGCAAUCUUAUGCAAAAUACCAGGGAAGUGAAACUAAAAAUUAUGACUGCCUAUUUUUAAAUUGUCUCCAUUUAUGAAUUUUUAAAAAUUUUACUUCCAUCAAUAAAAAUACCUUGAUUUAAAUGA